AUGUCCGAUAGCACGCAUCCACCACCGUUUCCAGAGAAAUCGCCUUUAAAAAGGAGGCACAUCGAUUUGUCUGUUGAUUCGGGCGUUGGCUUCGAAUCAGCACAUGCUUUGCCUAUAGCAAACCAAUCAAUUGAACCUCAUGGUUUCCAUAUGCCUACAAAGGGCUCCUUUUCCACGUUGAAACUACAUAAAAAGCUAACGUCAUCACAGGUUGAUAACGAACCUUCAACGUUUGAAAAAGAACUCAUUAAUAUGUCGAAGAACAAGUCUCUCGAUGCGGAUGGAAAUUUGACCACUGAUCAAGUCUGGGAGCGUCCCAAAUUGCCCUCUUUUGAUCCUGAUAGCUAUGACAUCGAAUUUCAACAGUUGGAUGCUGACGAGACUAUUAUUAGAGGCUGCUCUGCUGCACGAUUCUUUGGUGUUACUGGGGAAGGAUACUCUGUUUUGUGUAACGUUAUUGGCUUCAGACAUUACUUCUAUGCCCCUGUACCCAAGGGAUUCACCGCUGAUGAUGUCAAGGAAUUUAGACGGUAUUUGUCUUCGAAUUAUGCAGGAAUUGUUGACAUUAGAAUCAGUAAGAAGGAAUCAAUAUGGGGGUUCAACAAUAACGUUAAGCUUCCAUUUUUCAAGGUGGUUGUCGAUAACUCGAAGCAUAUUGGUAGGAUUCGGUCUGGUUUCGAACGGGGGGAGGUUCAAUUUAAGGGACUUUUUCAGCCGGGAGGUCAAAUGACCUUUGAUAAUGUACAAUAUUUAUUGAGACUUAUGGUGGACUGCCAUAUCGUUGGUAUGGGUUGGUUGACGGCUCCUAAGGGUAAGUAUACGGUUAUGUCUUCUUCUGAGAAGGUGAGUACUUCUCAGAUUGAGAUCAACAUUAACUACAAAGACUUGAUAUCGCACCCUUCUGAGGGUAAGUAUCUUAAUACGGCACCUUUACGUAUCAUGUCGUUUGAUAUUGAAUGCUCGGGAAGAAAAGGGAUUUUCCCUGAGCCAGAACACGACUCGGUAAUUCAAAUUGCCAACGUGGUUUCAAAAGUUGGAGAAAAAGUGCCCUUUGUUCGUAAUGUGUUCACUGUAGACACUUGUUCUCGGAUCGUUGGCUCCGACAUCUUUUCCUUCGAAAAAGAACAGGAUAUGCUCAUGGCAUGGAAGGAAUUCAUGGUGAAACUUGAUCCCGAUGUGAUCAUUGGCUAUAAUAUUUGCAACUUUGACUUGCCCUAUUUAUUAAACCGUGCCAUUACCUUACGUCUGGAUAACUUCCCAUUUUUCGGCCGUCUCAAGAACAGUCGACAAGAAGUUAGAGAUACUGUCUUCAGUUCACGUGCUUACGGUACUCGUGAAAGUAAAUCGGUGAACAUUGAAGGUCGUAUGCAGCUUGAUUUAUUUCAAUUCAUUCAGCGUGAGUAUAAGCUAAGGUCGUAUACCUUGAAUGCGGUUUCGUCCCAUUUUCUUGGGGAGCAAAAGGAAGAUGUGGAACAUUCGAUUAUUACCGAUUUGCAGAACGGUACCACGGAAAAUCGGCGUCGUUUGGCCGUCUAUUGUCUGAAGGAUGCAUACUUGCCGCUCCGUUUACUUGAGAAACUUAUGUGCUUAGUUAAUUACACAGAGAUGGCUCGUGUUACAGGUGUUCCGUUUUCGUACUUGCUUUCUAGAGGUCAGCAGAUCAAGGUUAUUUCUCAGCUUUUCAGAAAGUGCUUGGCCUUGGAUGUAGUGAUUCCGAACAUGAAGAAUGAAGGGGUCAAUGAAGAGUAUGAAGGCGCAACGGUUAUUUCUCCUAUCAGGGGUUACUACGAUGUUCCCAUUGCUACGCUUGAUUUUGCGUCUUUAUAUCCGUCCAUCAUGUUGGCCCAUAACAUUUGCUACACUACUUUAGUGAACCGUGAUACCAUUGAAAGACUCCAGUUGAAGGAGAACGAGGACUACGAGAUUUCUCCCAAGGGUGAUUGCUUUGUUACUUCUAAGCAGAGGCUGGGAAUUCUUCCUACAAUUCUCAAAGAACUUCUUACAGCCAGAAAGAAGGCCAAAAAGGAUAUGAAGACCGAGACGGAUGUUUUUAAGAAGCAGGUUUUAAACGGUAGACAGUUGGCAUUGAAAAUAUCUGCCAAUUCUGUGUACGGCUUUACUGGUGCCACCAUUGGUAAGCUUCCCUGCCUUUCCAUCUCAUCGUCUGUUACGGCCUGGGGUCGUAAGAUGAUUGACAAGACUAAGUGUACUGUUAUGGAGAAAUAUUCCAUUAAGAAUGGAUUCCCAUACGAUUCGCAGGUUAUUUAUGGUGACACCGAUUCUGUGAUGGUGAAAUUUGGAUAUCCAGAUAUGGAGACGUGCAUGAAGUUGGGACAGGAGGCAGCCGAUUACGUUUCAUCGAAGUUCAAGAACCCCAUCAAGUUGGAAUUUGAAAAAGUCUACUUUCCUUAUCUUCUUAUCAACAAGAAGAGAUAUGCUGGUCUUUGGUGGACGAAGUUGGAUAAAUUCGAUAAGAUGGAUACCAAGGGAAUCGAGUCUGUUCGUAGAGAUAACUGUCGUUUGGUGCAGAAUGUUGUGACUCGAGUUUUAGAGCUUAUCUUGGAAGAUCGUAACGUUCCGGCUGCUGAAGAGUUUGUUAAGAAAACCAUUGCUGAUCUUCUUCAGAAUCGUGUGGAUUUGUCUCAAUUGGUGAUUACCAAACAACUUUCGCGGCAGGACUAUGCGGCCAAACAGCCCCACGUGGAGUUGGCAAAUAGAAUGAGGAAGAGAGAUCCUGGCUCUGCCCCUACCGUGGGAGAUAGAGUGGCAUACGUUAUUAUCAAGGCAGCAGGAGAGAGAAACUGGGAGAAAUCCGAGGACCCAUUGUUUGUGUUGGAGAACUCUUUACCGAUCGACACAAAAUAUUACUUGGAAAACCAGCUUUCGAAGCCUCUAAUCAGGAUUUUCGAGCCUAUUCUGGGAGAGAGAAAGGCUCACGAUUUACUUACUGGAUCCCAUACUCGUACGGUUCACAUUUCCUCGGGUAAAACUGGUGGUCUUAUGAGAUUUACUCGGAAAUCCAACACCUGUCGAUCGUGCAAAUCGGCCAUACCUGAAGAUCAGAUGCUUUGCGCCAAUUGUAAAGGUAAGAGUGCCGAAUAUUAUGCCAAAGAGCUUGCAUCUAUGAAUGCAUUGGAGGUGAAGUUCGAUAGGUUGUGGACAGAGUGCCAGCGAUGUCAGGGAUCUCUUCAUCAAGAAGUUCUUUGCACCAACAAGGACUGUCCAAUUUUCUACAUGCGGAAGAAAUGCCAGAAGGAUGUCUUGGCUCAAUCUGAGGAAUUGAAAAAGUGGAAUAGUAUCACUUGGUAG